GAAGAUAUUUACAGCCUUUGUAGGCCUGGCUCGCCGCUAGGUGACGUUUGACGGACGCUUCUCUUUGCGUGCUGGCGACCAACUGAACUUCCGGUGAAGGAAGCUCAGGCGGAGAGCAGGUUCCUUCUUCGUCCUCUUUCCCAGCUUCUUGCGUUGACGAAGCGGGCGCCUCGCAGGGGGUUGCGCAAGCUAGGUUGGCCGAGCGCCAGAGGUUUGAAAGCCUGCAGCCAUGGGGCGUAUGCACAGCAAAGGUAAGGGUAUGUCCGCUUCGGCUCUGCCGUACAAGCGGACUCCCCCCAGCUGGCUCAAGAUCACCGAGGCCGAGGUCGACGAGCACAUCGUCAAGCUCGCCAAGAAGGGCCUCACCCCCUCCCAGAUCGGCGUCAUUCUGCGUGACUCCCACGGCAUCGCGCAGGUCAAGAGCGUGACCGGGUCGAAGGUGCUGAGGAUCCUCAAGGGCAAGGGCCUGGCCCCUGAGAUCCCUGAGGACCUGUACCACCUGAUCAAGAAGGCUGUGUCUGUGCGCAAGCAUCUGGAGAGGAACCGCAAGGACAAGGACUCCAAGUUCAGGCUGAUUCUGAUCGAGUCCCGCGUCCACCGCCUUGCCCGCUACUACAAGAGGACCAAGAAGCUGCCUCCCAACUGGAGAUACGAGUCCGCCACUGCGAGCACUUUGGUCGCUUAAGUGGUUUGUCGAAAGCAUCCGAGUGAAGCCAGUAGUGACGGGGAGAAGUGUACUUGGUAUAAAGUUGGUUCAUUUGAGCCUAAUACCGUUUGCCUGGUCUUGACACUUCAGUGCCAGAUGUUCACACGCAUUGCUCGAUGAUCUGAGUUGAGAGUGCCUCACAUGUUUGCUCUGCCCGGUUAAGCAUGUCAUGGAGUUUCACGAGCCUUCUUAGGCGUGUGUGUUAUGAUUAGAAAACUGAAGUAGGACUGGGCGCAAGCAGUGAUUGUUGACAUGCAUGCGUGCACGAUGGCGCAGACGUGACCAGCUAUUUGCUAUUACAAGAGGAUUGAGCGUAGGUGCUGUAAUUCUCAGAAACCAGUCAUUGCGAAGUUGGCUAUGCGCUGCAUAAUGG